AUGCGCACUUCUCGUGCCUCCAAAGACACCGCAAAGGUCUUGCAGGCUCUUUCGCCCCCUGCGCGACGCCAGACGCGCGGUUCUGAUCGAAAGGCCAGCGUCUUGAGCGCUUUUGCCUACGGUGCCAAUUCGACUGACAAUGCGCCUGCUGUCCCGACCGUCAAAUCUGAGACUACCUCCGUCCCUCCCAGUCUGUCUGCCGCUCGCAGCGACGAUGAAUCUUCCCUUUCCUCGGUCGAUACGGCGGAUAUCGAAGACCUCCUUGAACCCCCCUUGAAACGUCGGAAGCGCAACGCAAGCCCUGCCACUACAUCAACUACAAAAAAGAGUCCUCGGACACCCCGCAAGACUAUCGUGAAGGAUGAGCCUGAUCAGAAACCCGCACCGAAACCGAGAGCACGUCGCUUGCCGGCGAGGAAAACUCGCGAUGCCGACGGUUCCGUGAAGAUCGAGCCACCGUCCAAUUGGGAGAUCAUGUAUGACACCGUCAAGAAGAUGAGGGAGGAUAAUCCGACUGCGCCGGUCGAUACAAUGGGCUGUGCAGAGCUACACUGGCGUGCAUCUGCACCCCAGGAUCAACGAUUCCAGACUCUCAUUGCGCUGAUGCUCUCGUCCCAGACGAAAGAUACUGUCACUGCAGUUGCGAUGCAACGACUGCACACAGAGCUAGGAUCGGAUUCCAAUGCUGCGGCUACAGACUUGAAGCAGGAAAUCGCAGAACAAGACGUCAAGAUCAAGCUCGAAGACAAUCCUGACCCACCUAAAUGGACUAUCGCAAACCAGACGAAAGACAGCACUUUGAAUCUGACCAAUAUAUUGGCCGUCUCGCCAGAACGACUGAACGAACUCAUUCGCACAGUCGGCUUCCACAACAACAAAACUAAAUAUAUCAAAGCUACCGCCCUCCUUCUUCGCGAUAAUCACAAUGGUGACAUCCCGUCCACGCCAGAAGGACUCAUGGCCCUCCCCGGCGUCGGCCCCAAAAUGGCUUACCUCUGUCUCAGUGCUGCGUGGGGUAAGCACGAGGGUAUCGGGGUUGAUGUGCACGUCCACCGCAUUACCAAUCUAUGGGGCUGGAAUAAGACGAAAACGCCCGAGGAGACGCGAAUGGCUUUACAGUCCUGGCUGCCACAUGAGAAGUGGCAUGAGAUUAACAAGUUGCUUGUAGGGCUUGGGCAGACGGCGUGUCUGCCGGUCAAGCGUAGAUGUGGUGACUGCUAUCUUUUCGGAAAGGGCCUUUGUAUGAGCGAAGUGAAAGGGUCUAAGCCAACUCCUGGAGCUAAAAGAGAGCUCGGAGAUGAAGAUGGACCAAAGGUCAAGAUUGAAGCUGUUUAG